GGCUUUUUUGGCGGUGGCAAUGUGUCAGGUGCAAAAAUGGCAAAAGAUAGUUGACGAAGACGAGAUUCGAACUCGCGAGGUUUCCCACUGCGGUUUCGGGUAAUCUGAUUACCUAAACACAGCGCCUUAACCACUCGGCCACUUCGCCAUCUGGUUGUUGGUUGAUGAUUUUGUGGGCUGAAAACAAAGUAUAUGUUAGGCAUUUUGUACACCUUGGUAAAGUCGACGCCAACUCAUCGCGACAACAUCACCAAGCAAUUUUGUUCCCUUGUGGGAAAACCCGAAGGUCUAGUUCUAGUCCACCUAUUCUGAGACAGGUGCGGCUCCACUCGUUGCUCCCUUGCGUUUCCAAACAAGCGACUCGACUUACACGGCGACAGGAAACAUGGCAACUAAAUCCCAUAGGUGGAAGGCGAAUCACCCUCGACAAUGGACAUCUUUCCUUGACCUGUUGUUGCAGUCCGAGGACCUGAUUCGACCAUAUUUACCUCUCGGCCUCCCAAAGUGCUUUGGAACGACCGAACACUUCCUCAUCCGGCAACGCGCGACGGAGUCAAGUCCCCCGUCCCUCCAACCCCAGAUUCAAUUUAUACAAAUUAACCCUCCAGCGGGCAUCUACCCCACAAACCACCACACAACGGAGCAAGAAGCGAUGAAUUCCGGGAAGCACAUGGAAGGAUUACCAUCGAAGGAAUUCGGUAAGAGGCAGCCGAGGGGGGGGUGGUGAUUGAUAUAAACCCAACUCAACCCCCCAAAGAACUCGCCUGCAUCUUAUGUUUCCACUACCGUGCCGUCUCUCGUCAAUCUAGUUCUUUUGUCUUAGCCCGGUAUCACCACCACCACUCAAUCCCAUCAAGAUGAAGUCCAUCCUUGCGCUUACUACAGCCUUGCUGGCCACCACCGGCGUGCAGGCUCACUACAUCUUCCAACAAUUCACCUCCGGCGGCACCAAGCACGCCGCCUGGAAGUACGUCCGCAAAAACUCCAACCCAGCCUGGCUCCAAAACGGCCCUGUCACAGACCUCUCCUCGACCGAUCUCCGGUGCAAUGUCGGAGGGCAGGUGAGCAAUGGGACCGAGACUGUGACCAUGAAGGCGGGGGAUGAGUUCACUUUCACGCUCGACACGGCGGUCUACCACGCCGGACCGGUGUCGUUGUACAUGAGCAAGGCGCCGGGCUUGGUCAAGGAUUAUGACGGGAGUGGGCAGUGGUUCAAGAUUUAUGAUUGGGGACCGAGUGGGAAUUCUUGGCCGAUGAGGAUUUCGUACACUUCGAAUAUCCCAAGAUGCAUCCCCGACGGGGAGUACCUCCUCCGCAUCCAGCAGCUCGGUCUUCACAACCCGGGAGCGCCGCCGCAGUUUUACAUUAGCUGUGCGCAGGUCAAGGUCACGAAUGGGGGGAGUACGAACCCGAGUCCUACGGCGUUGAUUCCAGGGGCGUUCAAGAGUACUGAUCCGGGGUAUAAUGUUAACAUCUACAGUGGUAGCAUGGCCAACUAUCAGGUUCCUGGACCUGCGGUGUUCAAGUGCUAGACUGGCUGAUGAGCGGGAGAGGCGGUUUGUGGUUGUCUGUGUUUGUGCUGGUUAUUCAAGUUUACGCAGGUCAUCCUUUGUGUUGAUUAUUUGAGUUCUUUGUGGGACGACGAGUAAUUGUUGAUGCUGGACUUUGCAGAAUCAGAAAGGUAAGCUGGGAAAAGGGCAGUCUCGAGGCAGUUUUGCAACGCAAAGGUCAAUGAGAGCCGAUGUGUAAUAAAGAAGCUGAAUGUAUGGGAAUGGGAAGUUGCCGCUACACGCCGAGGUCAAGUCAUGCGUCACCAAUCAAUGAUGAAACCUUGUUAGAUGGGAAGGAAGAAUCUAGUUGAUGUUUAGGCCUCUCAAUAGCAAUACAUUUAUCAUCUCAUUGACAAGUGGUACGUGUUCUAGAA